AGGGGCAGCGCUGGAGCCGCGCGCCGAGAUCUGCGAGGCAGCGGUUGUGUGCGAGAGCCUUGGCUGCCGUGCUGGUCACUCCGGUACCGCUGUCCGUCGCGCCUUCUCUGUCCCUCGCCGCGCGCCGCCGCCUGCGAGACCCCGAGGAGCUCCCGGCGCCCCUAACCGGGGGCCGAGGAGUCAGGACUGGGGCAGCGAGCUCUGACGGAGGAGUCGGCUCAAAGCGGCCGAGCCCAGGCCCCCGGGCGUGGAGGUGGGGGGCUGAGGCCCCCAAGGGGGCCCCGCCGCGAUGGGCAACCUGGAGAGCGCCGAGGGGGGCCCGGGCGAGCCGCCCUCUGUCUCGCUGCUGCCGCCGCCCGGCAAGAUGCCGAUGCCUGAGCCCUGUGAACUGGAAGAGCGGUUCGCCCUGGUGCUGAGCUCCAUGAACCUGCCUCCUGACAAGGCCCGGCUCCUGCGGCAGUACGACAAUGAGAAGAAGUGGGAUCUGAUCUGUGACCAGGAACGAUUCCAGGUGAAGAAUCCUCCCCACACUUACAUCCAGAAACUUCAGAGCUUCUUGGACCCAACUGUUACUCGGAAGAAGUUCAGGAGGAGAGUGCAGGAGUCAACCAAAGUACUGAGGGAGCUGGAGAUCUCACUUCGCACCAACCACAUUGGGUGGGUACGGGAAUUUCUGAAUGAUGAAAACAAAGGCCUGGAUGUGCUGGUGGAUUACCUGUCCUUUGCCCAGUGUUCCGUUAUGUUUGACUUUGAGGGUCUGGAGAGUGGUGAUGAUGGUGCAUUUGACAAGCUCCGGUCCUGGAGCAGGUCCAUUGAGGACCUGCAGCCACCCAGUGCCCUGUCAGCCCCCUUCACCAACAGCCUCGCUCGCUCUGCGCGCCAGUCUGUGCUCCGGUAUAGCACUCUUCCUGGGCGCAGAGCCCUGAAGAACUCCCGCCUGGUGAGCCAGAAGGAUGAUGUCCACGUCUGCAUCCUUUGUCUCAGAGCCAUCAUGAACUAUCAGUAUGGAUUCAACCUGGUUAUGUCUCACCCCCACGCUGUCAAUGAGAUUGCACUCAGCCUCAACAAUAAGAAUCCAAGGACCAAAGCCCUUGUCUUGGAGCUUUUGGCAGCUGUGUGUUUAGUGCGGGGAGGUCAUGAAAUCAUUCUUGCUGCCUUUGACAAUUUCAAAGAGGUAUGCAAGGAGUUGCACCGCUUUGAGAAGCUGAUGGAGUAUUUCCGGAAUGAGGACAGCAACAUCGACUUCAUGGUGGCCUGCAUGCAGUUUAUCAACAUCGUGGUGCACUCGGUGGAGGAUAUGAACUUCCGGGUCCACCUGCAAUAUGAGUUUACCAAGCUGGGGCUGGAAGAGUUCCUGCAGAAGUCCAGGCACACAGAGAGCGAGAAGCUGCAGGUGCAGACCCAGGCGUACCUGGACAACGUGUUUGACGUGGGAGGGCUGUUGGAGGAUGCUGAGACCAAGAAUGUGGCCCUGGAGAAGGUGGAAGAGCUGGAGGAGCAUGUGUCCCAUCUCACGGAGAAGCUUCUAGACCUAGAGAAUGAAAACAUGAUGCGUGUGGCAGAACUAGAGAAGCAGCUGCUGCAAAGGGAAAAGGAAUUAGAGAGCAUCAAGGAGACUUAUGAGAACACAAGCCACCAGGUGCACACACUGCGGCGGCUUAUUAAAGAGGAGGAGGCCUUCCAGCGCCGAUGCCACUUGGAGCCCAGUGCCCGGGGCCUGGAGUCGCUGGGCGGCGAGGCCCUGGCCCGGGCAGGCCCUGCUGAGCUGAGUGAGGGUGUGCCACCCUCUGACCUGGAGCUCCUGGUUCCAGCCCUGCCCCCAGAGGAGGCCCUACCUCUGCCUCCUCCGCCAGCUCCUCCCUUACCCCCUCCACCUCCCCCCUUACCAGACAAGUGUCCCCCAGCCCCACCUCUCCCUGGCGCUGCUCCCUCUGUGGUGUUGACAGUAGGCCUGUCAGCCAUUCGAAUCAAGAAACCUAUCAAGACCAAGUUCCGGCUGCCCGUCUUCAACUGGACAGCGCUGAAACCCAACCAGAUCAGUGGCACUGUCUUCAGCGAACUUGAUGACGAGAAGAUCUUAGAGGACCUUGAUCUGGACAAGUUUGAAGAACUGUUCAAGACAAAAGCCCAGGGCCCUGCCCUUGACCUCAUCUGCUCCAAGAAUAAGACAGCUCAAAAGGCUGCCAGCAAGGUGACCUUGUUGGAAGCCAAUCGUGCCAAGAACCUGGCCAUCACCCUACGCAAAGCUGGGCGCUCAGCUGAGGAGAUCUGCAGGGCCAUCCACACGUUUGACUUACAGACACUACCCGUGGACUUUGUGGAAUGCCUGAUGCGCUUCCUGCCCACGGAGGCAGAAGUGAAGCUGCUGCGGCAAUAUGAGCGGGAAAGGCAGCCCCUGGAGGAGCUGGCGGCCGAGGACCGCUUCAUGCUGCUCUUCAGCAAAGUGGAGCGGCUGACCCAGCGGAUGGCUGGCAUGGCCUUCCUGGGCAACUUCCAGGAAAACCUGCAGAUGCUCACACCGCAACUCAAUGCCAUCAUUGCAGCCUCCGCCUCCGUCAAGUCCUCGCAGAAGCUGAAGCAGAUGUUGGAGAUUAUACUUGCUUUGGGGAACUACAUGAACAGCAGCAAGCGGGGAGCUGUGUAUGGCUUCAAGCUCCAGAGCCUGGAUUUGCUGCUGGACACCAAGUCCACUGACAGGAAGAUGACACUGCUGCAUUUCAUCGCCUUAACGGUAAAGGAGAAAUACCCAGACCUGGCUAACUUCUGGCAUGAGCUACACUUUGUGGAGAAAGCUGCAGCAGUGUCCCUGGAGAACGUGCUGCUAGAUGUGAAGGAGCUGGGCCGGGGCAUGGAGUUGAUUCGGCGGGAAUGCAGCAUACAUGACAACAGCGUCCUUCGGAACUUCCUCAGCAACAACGAAGGCAAACUGGACAAGCUCCAGCGCGAUGCCAAGACAGCUGAGGCUGACCCCUGCUGCCCACCCAUUCCCCAGGAUGCCUACAAUGCAGUUGUGCGCUACUUCGGUGAGAGUCCCAAGACCACACCUCCUUCUGUAUUCUUCCCAGUAUUUGUCCGAUUCAUUCGUUCUUACAAGGAAGCCGAACAAGAGAAUGAAGCCCGCAAGAGGCAGGAGGAAGUAAUGCGGGAGAAGCAGCUGGCUCAGGAAGCCAAGAAACUGGAUGCCAAGGCCCCAUCCCAGCGGAACAAGUGGCAACAGCAGGAACUAAUUGCAGAGUUGAGGCGGCGCCAGGCCAAGGAGCACCGGCCUGUUUAUGAGGGGAAAGAUGGUGCCAUUGAGGACAUCAUCACAGUGCUGAAGAGUGUCCCUUUCACGGCCCGUACUGCCAAGCGGGGCUCACGCUUCUUCUGCGAUGCAGCCCACCAUGAUGAGUCAAACUGUUAACCCCCAAGGCUGGGGCCCUUGACAGGCCUCCACCACCAGCCCAUUGUCGUUUGCCACCAAGCCCGGAGUGCCACACCGCCCAAUGGCCCCCCUCGGGCUCCAGGCCCCCACUGAGACCCUCUUGGGGGCAGAAGCAUUUCAACCUCCCAGAGUCCGGCAUCCUGCAAGUCCAACCAGUGGACUGGGAGCCCUGGAAUCAGCGAAGGGCCAAGCAGAUGACUAUGCUGCUAUCAACCCAGUGUCCACCCCAGUUCUCAAAGCUGCGUCUUGCCUGCCACCACUGUGGGCACUAGGUCUUUCAGGGCCUGCACUUCCCCGUGCCUCUAAGUACUGUACUUUCACCCAAGGUCUUCAACUUCAUUUUCUGAAGGGUCACCAAAGAUCAGUGCAGGGGUGGAAAAAACCACAUCCAGCUUUAGCCUGUACAGGGGCACCGAAACCCCUCUGUCAUAAAAGCCAGAGGGAUGAGAGGAGAAAGCCACUGUCUUAUUUUCACCUUCCUUUUUGCAGCUCCAUGGUCAGCUGUGGUCUAGAAGUAUCUGGGCUUAGGGAGUCCUGGGACCCUGCCAAUCAUAGAUCCAUCUUUUACCGGGAGCAAGGCCCUCCCAAGCCUGGGGCCCAUCCAGACUGGCCUAGUAAUAAGGGUAGAGGAGAGAUGCCAUGCUUACAGCCCUUGGCCCUAUACUCUAGGCUAACUCUAUUUUCUUGCCGAAGUGGGCAGAGGAGUAGAGGUUUCUGCUGCUCCAGUCCCAAGAGGAUUAGAGAAAGGCUGUUCCAAUAGCAUCCUCACCUAGGUUUUUUUGAGGCAGGGGGCAUGGUGGUCUUAGCUAUUUUCUCAAUCCUCUGACAGUUUCUUCUCAGCUGCUGGAAGGGAAGACAGGGGACCACUCCUUUUUUGUACAUGUACCACUUCCCUUCUCUCUUGUACAUAAACCCUAGACGUUCCUUCUCUCAGCAAAGGCUUGAAGCACCA